AUGAGACCGAGAUAUAAAGUCAUUAAUUUGCUCAGUAGAGAAGAAUUUUUGAUGACAAGUGUAAUGAAGAAGGACAUGUGGAGGCCAUGUGGGAAGGGACUGAGAUGGAGAGCAGACACUCCAGAAUUGCCGGGGCUUUCAAAAUUGGACCAAGGAUACUCCUCCAGCUUGAAUAUAAUGAGCCAGAUUUUUGAGCCAGUGUCGAGACAGCACCAAGGUAUUUUGGUGGCCAGCACCGUGUAUUUCGGGUAUGAUCCCACAAAGGAAAUGGAGACCAGAAAGAGACAUGGAUUAAGUGAAUCGUUUAGUGAUCAAAGGGGGUACUAUGAUCAAUCGCUACGAGGCGUUAGCUGCACAGAAAUGGAGGAUCUAACUUUUAGCACCACUACAUGGCUUCCGUUACUCUGCACAAGCAGCGCUGCUAGGAUUCCGAGCUCUUUUCUAUCGAUGCUAUAUCGCAGCCUUUUCGCUAUCCCGCUUUUUCUGAAUAUGUUUAAGGUCCAGCCAGCCUAUGCAUGUGAAGCCUUGUAUAUCAUCAAAUCACACGCUGGCGUAGUAGAAGACGGGAAUGUGGCGGAGGAGGAUUCUAGGUAUACAAGCCAUGGCCAAAGUCUCUCGUGUGCUAAUAUUGGCGCAUUAAGAAAUGAGCUGGUCAUACAAACGAUGACCCUUAGGGUAACGGGAAAACUUUGUUCCAUGCAUUAUUCCCGACCCCCUUUCGCACUCCUCAUUCUCACCCGAAUUGACAACUCUGGAUCCAAUGGUCAACUGGCGAAGGAGUAUAUACGUAGCAUAGCUGAGCAGAUAGCCAAUUCGCGUUCAGCGCUCACAGUCAGUCUCGGUGCCACUAAUUCCCCCUUUCUUGACAUGAGCUUUGCACUUAUGUGGACAAAGUCUGAUCCUUGGCCCGCGGUGAUGUUGAAUUGUUUCCGCAACAACACACCCACACCAUCUUUCAUUACUUCAAGUGAAACAUUUCCUCCUUCGGUCCUUCAAAAAGCAGUUUCUUCGCAGUUUUCCACAGAUCUAUCCCGCCGAAUACCUGUCGCCGAACCACAGCCAAAACUAUCCUGCAACCCUUUCCCAGCACACCUAGGUGCUCAGUCCCAGCCUGAAGGCACUCCUCUCGAAAAGCUAAUACUGUACUUAGAUAUCUCGUCUCCACGCCCACGCACUUUCACCGUAGCUACGCCUCUUCCUUUCAACCCGAACUCCACGUACGAUACGCCCACUCUCUUUUCAAAGGUAACCGUCGAGGUACCCUUCUGGUAA